AUGCCUUCUGCUCUGACAUCUCCUCAGAUCACCGUCUACCAUUCUGCUGCCGAUCUCCCGGAUAGUAUCUGGGAGAUGUUCCAUGCGCAUGCGCGGAGCGCCAACAUCGUCUUCCCUUAUGCAAAAAAGGCACGGCGAGCAGUGAGCUCCCGCACCGAAGGAAACCUUUGGAUCGUAUGCGCCUCGCCUCAACCCGGAUCAAGGACCUCAAUUGACUUCGUGCUGUCGUGCACUGAGGGCCCUUUGGGCCCUUACCCGAUCUUCAUCUUCACUCCGAUCCCUACUAGCCAACUGCGACCAGAGUUCUUCACACCCCGCAUCCACCGGCUCGUUUGUACACUGAAGGAUCAUGUUCCUCCUGAACGUGUCUUCUCCGUGUUCGCUCUCGAUGUUGUGACGCGCACGUUUGCUACUUUCUGGACGAAAGAGACUGGGAUUCCUCUCGAUCGUGAUUCAGAAUAUUACUGGGCCAACUUCACUUAUUGCACGAGGCAGACGUACAAGCCUCGUCAACACACUUUGUUGCCAGACAUAGUAUACGAUCUGCGGCCCGCCGUCGAGAGAGAUGUCCAGCAGGCAGCAGAGCUGUGCUACGGAUUUGCUGCCGCAUCGGAACCAUUCACUUUGACCCAAGAUGAAGCCAUUGAGGAAGCUGCGAGGCUCAUCCGCGAGGGUCAAUUGUGGGUGCACGAGAUAACGGCACGUGGGCAAGCCCCAGAGCUCGCUUCUGUCGUCGCGGUGACACGGACGAGCGAGACCGUGGCGGGGAUUACAAAAGUGUAUACCAACCCGAAAUGGAGGCAGCGUGGAUGCGCCGAACGGCUCACACGAUUUGUGUGCAAGCAACUUCUUCAAUCGAAGGAGAGCGUGGUGCUUUACGUAGCACACAACAAUCCCGCGGCGGCCAAGGUAUAUGACCGGGUGGGAUUCGUCGGACUGUCUUCUAGAAAUGGCCCCAUCGAAGGCGUUGACUCUUGGCUUGAGCUAGGAUUUGAUCGCCAUCUCGUAGAACUAGGACAUUGGUGAGGACACGCACAUUCGAUAUCCGGCUACAUAUACGCUCUAGUAUCAUUAUUCUACUCACACCCUUAUCGUCAUAUUCUUUUGUACUGAUUGCAUGUAUUAGUCUAUCAUCAUCACCGUAAUAU